UGAAAGCCUUGAGAGAGGAGAAGACAUCUCAUCAUCCCUUUUGGCAAAAAUUGAAGAUGCCUAUCUCUCAAUUGUCAUUUUUUCAGCGAAUUAUGCAUACUCUUCAUGGUGUUUGGACGAGCUGGUCAAAAUACUUGAAUGCUCCAAAGAGAUGAAACAAAUGAUCUUACCAGUUUUUUACCAUGUAGAUCCAACCCAUGUUCAAGAGCUGGAAAGUAGCUAUGGCGAUGCACUUGUCAAGCACAAAAAAGAUCCCAAUUAUAAUUCAAACAAGCUGGACAGUUGGAUGAAUGCUUUGAGGACAGUAGGCAACCUCUCAGGCUGUGUUUCAAGGAAUAUUAAGCCGGACGCUAAAUUAAUCGAGCAAAUUAUGAAUCACACCUUAAAAAAACUAAAUGAUCGUGUGAUUCCAAGUGAUUCUUAUGAUGAUGGCUUGGUGGGUAUUAACAAACGCGUCAAGGAUGUUGAAGAAUUAUUAUGCCUUGAGUUAGUAGAUGUGCAGUGUAUUGGAAUUUGGGGAAUGGGAGGGAUAGGAAAAACAACUAUUGCUAGCAAGUUAUUUAAGCAAAUUUACAAUCAAUUUCAAGAUAAAUGCUUUAUUGCAAAUGUGAUAGAAAAAUUAGAAAAAUACACCUCAUUUAAUCGAAAACUUGAAGUUCUUUAUAAUGCAUUGAACGAUGGAGGUUUAAAUAUAGGGAUGCCAUCUGUUUUAUCCUCUGUCAUCAUGAGAAAGCUCUCACGACGAAAAGUUCUCAUUGUUCUCGAUGAUGUGAGUGAUAUGGAUUUGGAGCCAAUUGAAUCCUUAAUAGGAAAGCAUGCUAUUUUUGGUCCAGGAAGUAGAAUUAUUGUAACAAGUAGAGAUAAACAAUUGCUCAAGAAUCUGGAUGCCAAAAUAUAUGAAGUCAAGAAAUUGAAAGAUGAUGGAGCCCUUAAGCUGUUUAGUUUCCAUGCCUUCAAACAAAAUUUUGUGAAGAAAGAGUUUAUGGCCUUGUCAAGCAAGGCAAUUGGUUAUGCUGGAGGUAACCCACUAGCUCUUAAAGUUUUGGGAUCCAAUUUAUUUCGCAAGAGUAUGGAAGAAUGGGAGGAUGAAUUGGAGAAACUAAAAGAUAUUCCUGACAGAAAAAUUCAAAAAAUAUUGAGAAUUAGUUAUGACGGCCUGGAUCAGAAUGAAAAGGAAAUAUUUCUUGACAUUGCAUGCUUCUUCAAAUUGUGGGAUAAAAAUAGAGCUAUAAGUAUAUUAGAAGGUUGUGGGUUCCAUGCAAAAUGUGGAAUAAGUGGGCUCAUUGAUAAAUCUCUCAUAAGCAUUUCAGGAAAUAAUACAUUGCAGAUGCAUGACUUGGUACAACAAAUGGGUAAAGAUAUUGUUGGUGAGGAGAAAGAGAUUGGGAAACGAAGUAGAUUGUAUAAUUCUAAGGAUUUAUACAAAUUAUUGAACAAAGAUAUGAGGACUAAAAGAGUUGAAAGCAUUUUAGCAAACAUGUCCCAGAUUGGAUAUAUCGAACUAAGUUCUACAGCUUUCGUGAAAAUGAGUAAUCUUAGAUUACUCAAAUUAUACUCUAAUGGUCAGAUCAAACUAGUUCUUCCUGAAGGUCUUGAAUCUCUCCCUGAAGAGCUGAGAUAUUUGGAAUGGGAAAAUUAUCCUUUGAAAUGUUUACCAUCAAAAUUUUGUCCAGAGAAUCUUGUUGAACUUCACAUGCCCAGAAGUCAACUUGAACAACUUUGGAAUGAAGAUCAGUUUGCUGAAAAUUUGAAGGUUAUUGAAUUGGCGAACUCUGUGGAUCUGAUCAGAAUUCCACACCUGUCUAAAUCCCCAAAACUAGAGGUUUUAAUUUUCGGAGGCUGCACAAAAUUGGUUGAGAUUCCCUCAUCAAUUGGGUGUCUCUCUAAACUUUUGAUCUUGGAUUUGGAAUCAUGCAUCAGCCUCAAUAGUAUUCCUGACACCAUUUGCAAUCUCAAAUCUCUUACAGAACUUAACGUAAGUGGAUGCAAGAAUCUCAAUAGACUGCCAGAGAACUUGGGGAAUUUAGAAUCUUUGAAGAGGCUUGAUGCAGCUGAAAGUGGAAUAACGAAACUGCCAUCCUCCAUAAAUCAAUUAAGGAAAUUGGAACUAUUGGAUUGCUCUAAAUGUAUAAAUUUGGUUAAAAUUCCCUCAACUUCGUUAAAUGGAUGCCUCCCUCAGCUCCAUGCAUUGAAGUUGAAAUCGUGCAAGAACCUCAAGAGUAUUCCAAGUGGCAUUGGUGAGUUGAUAUGUCUAUAUCAGCUUGAUUUCAGUGGAUGCUUCAAACUUUCAAGUCUUCCUGACACUAUUUGCAAUCUCAUACAUUUUAGAAUGCUUGUCGUAAGUAAAUGCUUGAAUCUCGGUGGAUUGCCAGAGAACUUGGGAAAUUUAGAAUCUUUAUGGAUACUUGAUGCAGAUGAAAGUGGAAUAACGAAAUUACCAUCCUCCGUGAAUCAAUUGAGGCAAUUGCAAAUAUUGAAUUGCUCUGGAUGUAAAGGUUUAAUAUUGCCUUCUUUGACAGGUUUGACCAGUCUGCAGAGUCUUAGGCUGGACUACUGUAAGAUUUUCGAAUUUCCCAACAGUAUUGGCUCUCUAUCCUCACGGGAUAGAUUAAGAUUUCGUAGGAAUGGUUUCAAGAGCAUACAUGAAAGCACUAAACAACUUCCUAAGCUGUGGAGUCCUGAUUUAAGAGAUUGCAAGAGACCUAAAGUUUUACCAGAGUCUUCAUUGUCAUCUCUUCAUUAUUAUUUAUGUGCAUCAAAUUGCACGUCUUUGGCAUCUGCACCAAUUUUGUUCCUACUUCAAGUGAAAAAUGGCCCUCGAGGUUCGGUUCGCUAUUUACAAUUCGAAAAUUGCAUCAAUUUAUAUGAAGUUUCAUGUAAAAAUAUUAUGGAAUGUGCAUUGGCAGCACAACUUCAGUCAAUGGUCAAUAACUGUCGUGUUAGUUUACGAAUUGCCGGAAGUAAAGUGCCGCGGGGGAUGAGGUAUCGGAAUAGUAAUGGAUCUUCUUUGUCUUUCUCACUUGACGGGCCGCAUGACUUGAUGGGGUUCUCUUUCUGCGCUGUCCUUGAUCCUAAAAUUCAUCCUUUUCCCAAAUUUGCGACUAUUUAUUGUGAGGCCCUUUUCACAGGCGAGUCUACACGAAAUUCAUGCGAAGCAUUCCUUGAGUCUUUCUAUGGAAGCGAAUCCCAAUCAGAAAACGUGUUACUUUGGUCUACACCAAUCACAAAACGUGACAUUCUGGAUUCCAUAGACCGUAUCUGCAAGGCCUCAUUUCAGUUCUUCGUUCAAUAUUAUGAUGGUGGGAAGCAGGAAAUAAGCGAGGAGUUGAUAGUUGAAUGUGGGGUUCAUCCAAUAUUCAAACAUAAGAGGAAACCAAGAGGGAAGACGAAAGACGAAGAAAAGUAAACUCUCUGUUUGAACUUGCUUUCCUUCGUUUGUUCAGUUUUCUGUCUCUUCAUGGAUUUGCAUUGUCUUUUAACACGUUGAAAACCUGCGACAUCGUAGUCUGAGGAAGAAGAACCCAUGCGGCUUCUGGGGUUCAAGCGCCAUUUCUGACGCCAUUAGAGCUCAGUGCGAGCUUCCUCGUCUCCUCCGAAAAUUCCUAGUUGCACCAAAGUAUAUACACCCAAGCAAUAAGAGGACUCAUCGGAUCCACCAGUUAUUCAAUGGUGGUGCAUGCAAGAAGUUCUCUGUCUCCUCUAGCCGUCGAUAAGUCCUCUGCUAACCAAAGUUGUGGCCAGCAAGCCGACAAUUGAACAAAGAGAGGUGUGACACAGAGAGGUAAUAUAUCAGAUACAGCUUCCAGAACCUGCAAUAUUAGGUAAGUGAAGCUUGAACAUCAGAAUCAUGCCAUUAUAUUUACACGGGGAGAAGGAUUGCAAACAAUAAAUAUGAAUCGGGUACCAUAUUUAUAAUACAUUACAUUGUAAAUUAGAAGAAAUGCAACUUCUUACAGAAACUGAAUUGAUUAAAAUAUAAUAGGAUGAAGAAGCCGUCAAAUUAAGGAACUUGUUCAAGAAUUUCUUCAAAAGCAUGAUGGAUGCCCAACAAUAUUUGGAAUGAGCGAGCAUCUGUUCACUCUCAGGUACUUGUAGCUCGGAAACUGGACUGUAAUAGCACUGCUGCUUGUAUAUUAACAUUUGUGAUAUGCAUUCGUCGCGGUGUUUCUUUUGAUCUGUGCAGUGUUUCUCUAUAUCAUGUGGAAAUUGUUAAAAAAAAAAAAGGCUGACAAAUUAGUACUUCAUAGUCUUCUUCUUAAGUCAAAUUACAGCAGUUUCUGGGUUAGGCUGAGGAGUUUCUACAUGGUUAAACUCCACUGCCAUGGAUCAUGAAAUUGGAUUUCACACAACAAGAUGUAUAGUCUUUGUUUUAAUUAAUUCUGAAACUCAGGAAAUUGGAUUUCACUUGACAGGAUCGAUGAGGAUUCAUGUAUCUUAGACUAUAUGCAAUUAUAUGGGGUCAUUUUAAAAGCCAUUAUAGUUCUAGGGUUUAUGUAUUCUAUUUUUCUUUCA